AUGACAAACAAUUGCUCAGCUCGACUUGGGUUACCCCGAAAUCGUUUCCAGUCCAACAUCGUUGGACUCGGACAAAGCCCUAUUACUCAAAUUCAAGGUGUCACUAGGUGUCAAUUCACUUCACAUUUUGAUUCAAAAUACGUGUUUCCCACAGUAGAUAUGGUUGUUUUACCGCACAUCACGGCAGCCAUGCCGUCCAACGUACGUCAUCGGUAUCGACAUCUUUUACUUGCUGAUAAGCAAUUCGACGUCCCAGCGCGAAUCGGCGUCCUCUUUGGGGCGGAUGUCUUUCCUAACCUCAUUCGUUCACAAGCUGGCGUUGAACAUUAUGCGGGCUUCCCAUCGGCUCUGGACACCAAAAUUGGUUGGAUAAUCUUUGGAUCCUUUUCUACAUCAAAUACCCCGCCGUUAGUCGCUCUUACAACCGCCGUCGAUCAGUCAAUCAACGAUCAACUGUCACGUUUUUGGGAAAUCGAAGAACCUGCCGCCUCUGUAGCACCCACCACUGAAGACCAAUGGUGUGAGACAUUUUUUAAAAAUUCUACGUCACGUGAUUCGUCAGGCCGAUUUUGCGUCGCCUUACCGUUUCACGAUUUGUUUACCAAUUCGGUCCACCUUCAAACUUCGUCACCUCACGGCCUUGGUGAGUCUCGGUCCAUCGCGUUAAAGCGUUUUCACAACCUGGAGAGACGGUUGACUAAGGACGCGGAGUUGUAUGCCGCCUAUCGGCAGUUUAUGUCCACAUACUUAAGGUUAGGCCACAUGGUGUUAGCUCCCGAACCCGGCAAAUAUUUUAUACCUCAUCACGCCGUACUCAAGGCUGACGGUGACAUGUCGAAAAUACGCGUUAUCUUCGAUGCCUCGUCUGUUUCUUCGUCUGGUCGUUCCUUAAACGACGUUUUGUGCACUGGUCCCAAACUACAAGUGGACUUGCGUGACAUCUUACUACGCUGUCGGUUGCACAGAUUUAUUUUGACAGCCGACAUUGUUAAAAUGUACCGGCAAAUUUUAAUCCGUUCUGAAGAUCGCGUCUUUCAACAUGUAUUUUGGCGCGAUUCACCCAGUGAGAAUCUUCAGGAAUACCAGUUAUGUACCAUCACAUAUGGCCUUAAUUGCGCUCCGUAUCUGGCCAUCCGUUGCUUACACGAGCUUGAUGAGCAGGACGGUCAUCUCUUCCCGUUGGCCAAAUGUGUCCUCAAUCGAUCAGCUUAUGUUGACGACAUAGUUGUCGGUGCCGACACGGAAGAGCAAUUUCUGCGUCGAAAAGAGGCAAUCGUCGGUUUGCUCCACAACGGGGCUUGUGAACUGAGCAAAUGGACCAGCAAUAGUGCUCUCGUCCUAGGGUCCAUCAGUCCUGACCAUCGUGCGAAUUCCGUAUCAUUUGACCCACGGGAUGAACAUUCGGUAAAAGUUCUUGGGCUACAUUGGAACACAACUAAUGACAAUUUCGCCUACCAUACCAGCAUCCCUCAAACGUCGUCUACCAAACGGCAAGUUCUGUCAAUCAUUGCACGUUUGUUUGACCCCAUCGGCGCUUUAGGCCCGUUGCUAUUGUGGGCGAAAUAUUUUAUGCAGUUACUGUGGAGCAAUAAACUUGGGUGGGACGAUCCAAUGCCAGAAGAGUUAUUGUCCACGUGGCGACAAUUUUGUUUGGAGCUGCCAGCCGUCUUUGACUUAAUUCUUCCUCGUCAUUUUCCGGUGACAUCUCAGCAAGACAUUCAAUUGCUAGGUUUUGCAGAUGCUUCUACCAAAGGUUAUGCAGCGACCAUUUACCUACGAAUUGUCAAUGCAGAUGGAGAUGUGUCGGUCAAAUUGAUCACGUGCAAAACUAAAGUUGCCCCUCUUAAGACUACCACUACCACCGAAACGUUGUCCAUACCGCGUUUGGAGUUAUGUGGUGCGUUACUACUGGCACAGACGCUUCAACAUACCCACUACGUCCUUUCGUCUGAAAUAUCCAUAUCUCGCAUCCGAGCGUGGUCGGAUUCAUCUAUUGUGUUGUCGUGGCUGAAAUCAGAUCAGAAAUAUUUCAAGAUAUUUAUCACCAAUCGAGUCGCGAAAAUCCACCGGCUUAUACCUGAUUGUGAAUGGAAUCACGUAUCGACAAUUGACAAUCCGGCAGAUCCUGCCUCUCGCGGGCUUUUGCCGCGAUCGACCAUGGCAUCAAAAAUCUACUGGGACGGUCCCGACUUUUUACAGCUUCCGGAAGAACAGUGGCCAAAGUCCAAAUUCUCUCCAUUAAGUCCGGAUCAGUUGCCCGAAACUAGACCUAAUGUCACCACAGUGUUAACCGUCAAUGUUCAAUCACCGUCGCUAGAGUUGUUCAGUCGUUUUUCGUCACUCAGCAAAUUGCAACGAGUUUUGUCAUUUGUCCUCCGAUUUUUGCGUCGUCUCCGUCGCCAGUCUGUCAACUUUGGACCGUUGACAUUAGCGGAACGCGAAGCAGCAUUAUUUGUCGUCGUACAACGGACUCAACAACACCACUUCUCGGAUUUGUCAAAUAUGUUAAAAACCAAGUCUGCGGUUACACCACCCUCCUUGGCGCAACUGGCGCCUUACACCGAUGUCAACGGAGUCAUACGUGUUGGAGGCCACCUACGAUUUUCAGACGUCCAUCAUGAAGCGAAGCACCCGAUUCUUCUGCCUCGAUCAUCACAUCUCACGGACUUGUUGAUCAGACAUUAUCACUUAUCCUUUCUUCACGGUGGGCCGAAGUUAAUCAUAUCAAUGUUAAGCCAGAAAUUUUGGAUUUUGUCCAGUCGUGCCGCUGUGCGACGUGUCAUUUUUUCCUGUGUCCCAUGCACACGACACAAGGCCGUCCGGCCCCAGCCAACCAUGGCUGACUUGCCGCCCUUUCGUGUCCAGCCUCAUCGACCAUUUUCCCACGUCGGAAUGGAUUACGGUGGUCCGUUUCUCGUGAGGGAGCAUCGCCGACGAAACGCUCAAGCCGUCAAGGUUUACUUGGCAUUGUUUGUAUGUAUGUCUGUGAAGGCGGUUCACCUUGAAGUCGUCACCGAUUUGACCACAGAUGCCUUCCUUGCUGCAUUGGAUCGUUUUGUUGCGCGACGCGGAAUUCCAACCAACUUGUAUUCAGACUGCGGAACAAAUUACGUAGGUGCGGCACGGCACAUCAAGUCUCUGUUUCGUGAUGCUAAGGCACAAGACCGUUUGUCUUCGCACCUAACUUGUACAUGGCACUUCAAUCCUCCGGCCGCACCACACUUUGGUGGCAUUUGGGAGGCUGGCAUUAAGAGCGCCAAGCAUCACCUCAAACAUGUCAUAGGCCAACAAGUAGUCCAGUCAAUGAAUGACCCAAAAUGA